UAUAACUGAUGCUACUCUUAAGGGAUCUGUACAUUUUCCGUCAUUUUACAGCCAGACAUAUCCAGUUUAAUGUUUUUAUGUAUACAGACUGGACCAACAUUUGGGCGAAAAAUGAUGACCAGUUACCCGGCCUCAAAGGGACUGCGCGCUGCAGAACGCCGUGUGGGAUCAGCACUGAGGCUUGUCCAUCAACCUUACCACCAAGCUCGCUUACAGGGAGCACGGAACUUCAACCCAGUUCCAUACAAUGCAGAGUAUUUUGGUCACAAAUUACAUAUGGACCAAAACGAGAAACUCAUUAUGUUUGGAGUUACGCAUGUGGUAGGAGUUGAUGGAUACAGCAACAGAGUUGUUGGGCAUGCAACCAUGCCUAUCAAGAACAAUCUUACUAUCUAUGAGGAGGUAUUCAGACCAGCCAUUCUGUCCAAUGGAAUGUGGGAUCAAGUACGUGUAGACUGCGGGAAAGAAUUGUACUUAUGUCUGUUUAUGCAAGAGAUUCUAUCUGCAUACAGAUAUAAUACAGCAAGAGAGCCUUACAAACAGACGCAGGAGGCCUUGAUUCAGCUGACAGACCAGGAAAUUAUAGACAUGGAGGACCCAACCAUUCGCUUUUGUGUGUCCAAUCUUGCCUGCCAGAUUGCCCAUAUUGGCGUAGGAAGAGUAGUGGACUCAUGGAAUGCCCACAGAAUUCCAGGAAGAGGUGUCCCAAAUGCCUUGGGGGAAGGUGGUUGUUUCAAAAAGAUAAAUGAAGACCUGCUACCGAAUGCCACAGUCGCGGCAAACAUGUACUUAGGUGAAAUGGGAUCCUCACUGACCACACCAACAAUGUUUGGCAUCUACCCUUUCUUAACAGAAGAGGACUGUGCAUGUGCAGAGCAGUUCUUUAUUGAAGAGUUUCCUGACCUGACUGUCCUAUACAACAGUAUAAUUAACAAUGACUACAGAAAAUUUCAAGAAGCAGUUAUGUGCCUUAUUAAUAUUACUUGCAGAUAUUCAGAUCCUUAAAGCAGGUCUACAUAUCUCCAUUCACUCUGUGUAUUUUUAGUUUUAACUGAUUAUAGUUAUGUAAAUUAUUAAAUAAGAGGGUCUCAAUGUUGGAAAUUUAGUCAGUUAAGUGUUCUUGAUAAACAUUUAAAUACAGUAUUUCCACCAAUAUCGAUUUUUAUUAAAUCAAAUCUACCUUCAUGUACUUGCUUAGAACAUUUAUUAAACUGCAUUCAUUGAACAAUGUUAAAUACAAUUUUCCUUGAAAAUGAAAAUGAGGGCAGGCAAAUAAAAUAUCU